UACUGUGUAGAGAUUUGACUGCUGACGCCAACACUCCUGAAACCUCCCCAAACACUGUGCAACUUGAGGGCUGCUGUUAUAUAAAGAGAUCAUAAUGUCUGACCUCAUCCAUGUGUCGGUCAUCAAGGACUACCUGACUGAAUGUCCUGUCUGUAAUGAACAGUUUGAUGACGCCUCCCAUCUUCCUCGUCGAAUGACAUGCUGCGUACAGUGUGUAUGCCACGACUGUCUGCAGAAGAUCUACCAGGAAGCGGACGAGACGUUGCUUUGUCCAAUCUGCCGCGACAAACAUCAUCUCCCCGAUGGAGUUGCUUCCCUUCCUCGCGAACCUCUCAUCCUGAAAAUCAUUAAUGACCUGAAGAUCCACAAAGGUCUCCGUCUGCCAUGUACAGACUGCCCUGACAGCAACGAGGCUGUGGCCAGAUGCGAUGACUGCUGUGUAUUCCUGUGCACAGAGUGUAAAACAUCUCAUGAUCGGCACAGGUUAUCUAGACAUCACAUAACAGUUACCUUUGAGGAGAUGAAAGGCCGACCUGUCCAGACCUUUCGUCGUUUACAUCAAUGUAGUCAACAUCAACAGCCACGACAAUUCUACUGCUACUCAUGUGACAAGAUCAUAUGCGUGUCGUGCACUGUACUCGACCAUGAUAAAGGGAAGGGACAUAACGUUACAUCUGUGGACGCAGCACACCAAGACCAGGCUCAGUAUACUGACGACACUUUAGCCAGACUCGAAGAGAAGGUGAACAAACUAUCUACAACAGAAGCGGAACUGAUGAAAACGUUACAAACUAUCAAAGUAUCAGCAGAUGCUGCUAAGAAGGACCUCAAUCACACCUUUGACAACUUGAUUGAGAAAUUGCAGGAACGAAGGACCAUUUUGUUGUCAGAUGUUGAGGACAAAUCAACAAAGUCCAGUAAAAUAACAGAAGAGGCCCUAGAGUCAACUCGGGCAUUGCGGACGAAACUGGCGUCUUCCACCGAAUAUACAAAACAGAUGAGGGGAAAAGCUGACCAUAUAGAGGAUCUAGAACUGAUGUUAUCUUCUGCAGGAUCCUUGAACGCCAUGUUGGAGGAAUCUCCAAAGGCAAUUGAGUUUUUCAGAUCGGGCGUCACUUUCGUCCCUGGCAACUUAGAUCACCUCAUCAGUACCAUCAAGUCGACAGGGUUGGUCCGGUCUGUCACAUUCUCCCCGACGAGGCGACCAUACUGUUCAUAUCCUGCCAUGUAUAACACCAUCACCAUGGAACCUGCAGAGUUACCUGAAGCCAACGAUGUUCACAAGAAAAUGUUUGGAAAUGAAGUACAGGUUACAUGUCCAGCCCUGGAAUGGGACUCCAAGACAGCAAGCAGUGAGGUUACUAUAUCCGGAUCUGUAAUCACUAACACCAAGCCGGAUCCUCCUCUGCCAGACACCGGGUGUCGGAUGCAGUCAGGGAGACAUGCCCUAGCGUCUCGGCCCCUGGUCCUCAGGAGAUGUCACCGUGACAUGUUCCACGUGAAGGUUGCGUUUAUCGUGAAACAAGUGAAAGAAGAGAAUAAGAUGAUGUUUGAGAUAGCUCUGACCUCCACCCCAGUAGAUGGUCCAUGCAGUCAAGACGCUGGACUGAGCGUGCAUGGUGUCACAUGCUCUAAGCACAAGCAUCAGCUGUGUCUCCGGGUCAUGUACAAUACCAAACUCAUCACUGACAUCCCUCUCUGCCAGAACCAGAUUGGAGACUCACAUGACUUGCACCUAUGUUUCAUACUGGACGGAACAAAGGGGAAAAUCUACCUUGUUGAUAACGAGUCUGUCAAAGUGAUGUGCACUGUCAGUGAUGCUGUGUUUGACAGACCACUGUGGGUGAUGAUGUGUGUGGAUACACCCUCCAACUUAGACAUUAGAGGAGAACUGAUAUCCGGCCAGGAUAUGGCUGUGUCUGAUGGAAUGUCUCGCCUCCUGUCACUACUCGAUCCUCCAUGUAUAUAACUAUUUCACCAGCAUGUUGUGUGUGCAAUCCUGUGUCAAUAUAUCAUGUAUGUAGCAGUCAAUGUACUUGCUUGGAUAGAAAUAGGUGAUCCUGAGAUCAGCAUGUGUUCUUUCCCUCGAAGUAUUGUAGCACUAAUGCCAUUGUCAACCUAUCUAAUGGAGUCAAAACAUGCUUCAAAACGUGUGGAGAAGGAUUUGCUUGUGUCCUCAUUGUUCAUGCAACCAUCAACAGAGCAAGAUAUGCAAGCCGUGAUGUGGUUCCUUAACACGUUCACGCUGCUGAUACUGCUGUCUCCAUCAGUGAUGUCUCACAAAUAUGGGGAUGUUCGAGAGCUUGACGCUUCUCUCCUCCAGCACUACAACCCAUGGCUCCUACCACUCAAAAACCUCUCUGGUCCCACUUCUGUUAAUAUGACUAUCCACGUGAUCAACACGAAGUUGGAUAUGGUGCAGGAAAUUAUCACCGCGAAACUUUGCCCGACAUUCAAAUGGGUUGAUGAAAUGAUUCAGUGGAAUCCAACGGAGUACUGGAAUACUACACAUCUUUGAUUCCAGCGGACAAGAUCUGGACGCCGAAUAUUGUAAUCCAGGACACCAUUGCCUAUUUUCCGUACCUCGGCUCUGAUGAACUACCAGUUAUCGUAACCAACGAUGGGAGUGCCAGGUUUGACGUUGAAGUGUAAGCACAUCUUGCAAGAUUAUUAUUACCCUCUUCCCAUUUUGAUCAGCAUUAAUGCAAACUUGAAAUUGGCUUGGAUAACUAUUUUCUGAAUGAAUUAUCUAUAUCACAUUUGGCUGCAAAUGAAUUGAAAGUUCAGAGUGGGAAGUAUUACGAAUAAAGGGCCAGCAUGAAAGUGAGCUGACACGCCUGUUUAAACUUGACUGGUUCAGCGUCUCCAUCAAUCUGAAGAGACAGUCGCUGUAUUAUGUGGUGAAUCUUGUCCUGUCCAUAUUGAUCAUCUCCACACUCAAUCCAUUCGUGUUCCUGGUCAAGGCGGAAACAGGCGAGAAACUGUCCGUUCGAUCACCCUUUUCCUGUCUCUUACAGUGUUUGUAACACUCAUCAGUGGUAUGCUACCUCAAACAUCUACUAGCGCCUCGCUUAUCUCCCUUUACGUGUGUAUCCAGCUCCACCGGAGUGGCCUGUACUUCAUCUGCUGCAUAUUCAUCCAACGUGUCAACCAUAUGCAAGCACACAGCAAGACAACACGUGUUAUCGCCAGAAUUGGAGGUAUGAUUUCUUACUAAACGAAUCCGACAUCUCACAGAAGAAGAAUCCAAAGAAGAGAACGACGUUACUGAGAUAGAUGAAUGUACAUAUUUGAAAUGUCUUAGCGAACAAAUGGACAGAAUUUGUUUCUAUAUAUCCUUCUUCAUCUUUACCAUCCUGACUAGUGCUCUGAUGGCUUUCAUUAUAUUUUUAGGAAACUAAGGAGAAGUCAGCAGGAAUUGCCAUUCACCACUGGAUUGUAUCUUCAAAUGAUAACCUAUUUGAUAACAAUAUUGUGAUAACUAUUUUCUGAGGAGUACGGACAGGUUUUUAUCAUUUACUUGUAUUUAUGGUGAAUUUUAAACCUGUUUUAGUCACGAUAUAUCUGAAAUAUUGCCGAUGUGACUGUAAAUCUUAACUCACUCACUCACUAUGAGGAGUACUGCUGUGGAGCGUGACAUUAAUACGUUUGGUUGCAAAUUGUGUGAAUGGCGAGUGUGUACACAUGCUCUGCUAGUGAUUUGUCUCCUGAGCGACAGUUUCUUUAACAUCGUCUUUAGCAUGUUCUUUGUAAUACAGGAUCGAUAAUGUUUUUCCUAAA